AUGGGCAGCCACGUCUCCAAGCCACGAUCCAGCGGCGGAGGUAAAUUGGCGCCAACAUGUGAGGGAGGAGAGCCGAGUCCAUCGGCUGGCCCAAGCCAACAGAAAAAGAAAAUGGGGCCCACCAACAUCAUGGCUCCCGGCGGCGGGCCUUCACCCCUCAUCCGGUUCCCGCCGCCCGGGCCCGCUAUCGUUCCCAGACCCCGGCACCCGGGCCCAUCAUUGCCCCGGCUCCCGACGGCGUGCCUUCACCUCUCAUCCGGUUCCCGGCGCCCGGGCCCGCUAUCGUACCCGGACCCUGGCUCCCGGCACCCGGGCCCACCAUUGCCCCGGCUCCCGGCGGCUUGCCUUCACCUCUCAUCCGGUUCCCGGCGCCCGGGCUCACCAUUGUCAUGGCUCCCGGCGGCGGGCCUUCGCCUCUCAUCCGGUUCCCGGCGCCCGGACCAGCUAUCGUUCCCGGACCCCGGCAUCCGGGCCCACCAUUGCCCCGGCUCACGGUGGCGUGCUUUCACCUCUCAUCCGGUUCCCGGCGCCCGGGCCCGCUAUCGUUCCCGGACCCCGGCUCCCGGCACCCGGACCCACCACUGCCCCGGCUCCCGGCGGCGGGCCUUCACCUCUCGCCCGGGUCCCGGCGCCCGGGUCCGUCAUCGUUCCCGGACCCCGGCUCCCGGAACCCGGGCACACCAUUGCUCCGGCUUUCGGCGCCGGGCCUUCGCCUCUCGUCCGGUGCUCGGCGCCCUCGCACGAUACUGA